AUGAUUUCAUUAAUAUUUGUGGCCAUUUUCGGGCUGUUAAUUGGUGUGUAUACUCUCAAACGACGCAAAACAACUUCGUCUUUGCCUCUACCACCGGGCCCUAAACCAUUGCCUAUCAUUGGUAAUGUCCACCAAGCUCCCAAAUCACACGCCUGGAGAACAUAUCAGGAAUGGAGCAAACAGUAUGGACCCAUCGUGUCUGUCAAUAUGCUUGGACAGCCGGUGGUCAUAUUGAAUACCUCCGAAACAGCCCACGAUCUCCUAGCGAAGCGCGGGGCCACAUUUUCAGACCGGCCUCAUCUUUUUUUGGCAAACGAUCUAGCCUUGAAAGGGCUUAACAUCCUCAUGAUGAAUUAUACAGACCAAUUUCGAAGACACCAGACGCUAGAGGUCUCGGUAUUGAAUGCGACGCCCGCAGCUGCCUAUCACCCUCUACAAGCCCUAGAAUCACAGCAGUUGAUGCAAGAUCUUCUGAUCAAUACUGGCGAGGCUGGUACCGAUGUGAGAUGUCAUUUUCAACGCGCGGUCGCAAGUAUGAUGCAUACACUGCUGUACGGCUUCCGUAUCAAAGACUGCGAUGACCCAAUUCUUCAAGUUGCUGUUCAACUGAACGAAGAAUUUUCAGAAUUUAUACAAGUCGGCGCAAAUAUUGUUGACCAGUUCCCUAUUCUCAAUAAUUUGCCCAGCUUUCUAGCUCCAUGGAAGGCAAAAGCUGAGAAUCACUUCACGACCAAGGUCAAUAUGCAAGGCGAGAACUUCCGGCAGGCCCUGUCUUCGGACGGAUGGAAUAUCGCAAAGUAUCUCAAGAAGAGCAUCGAAAAGGACAGUCUCAAGAUGCCCUUGAGUGAGCUCGAAUUUGAGCUUGGUACCAUCAUCAACGCUGGACUAGACGGCACUACAGAUAGCCUCAUGUGGUUUGUGGUAGCAUGUGUUACGCAGGACCAAGGGUUCAUCACCAAAGCACGCGAAGAACUAGAUACUUUUGUCGGACGUUCUAGGCUUCCAGUUCCAGAUGACAAGCCUAAUCUUCCUUACAUCACUGCUAUCGUCGAGGAAAUAUUCCGAUGGCGGCCCGCUGGGCCUGAGGGGGUUCCUCACAUGAACAAGGAAGAGACUACGUACAAUGGAUACAAAAUCCCCAAGGGCUCUGUCAUUGUACCAAAUGUUUGGACGAUUUCUCGAGAAGAAGCGUUAUUCGGACCGGAACCUGAGAGUUUCAUACCAGAUCGCUGGAUCAACGACGGCGAUAAAAAGACACUCAAAGCGCUACCCCGGCAGCCUUCGGAUAUGGCAGGCGAAUUUGCCCCGGACGGUAUUUUGCCCGCAACUUUAUUUGGAUCGUUGUUGCUCAAUUGA